AUGGCAGACCAAGCCGCCAAAGAUGCCGCAAUGAAGCAGCGCAUCAUCUCGCAUCUCAACGCCGGCCACCAAGACUCCUUGUCCUACUACCUCCGCCACUACUCUCAACUCUCCUCGCGCGCAGCCCGUUCCCCAACACUGACCGACCUGAGUCUCUCCUCCAUGACCCUCCAAACAGCCGACGGCAAAACCCACACAAUCCCCAUCACGCCCCCCAUGAAAAGCUACGCCGAAGCGCGUCAAAAGAGUGUCGACAUGGACCGCGAGUCCCGCGCCGCAUUGGACAUCAGCAGCAUCCGCAUAACCUCCUACCAGCGCCCUCGAAGCGCACUCCACAUCUUCAUCUUCGGGCUGUGCGGCAUGGCAUUCACGUUCUUCGCGACGCGGCACAGGAUAGUGCCAGGGACGUGGUUUUAUGAUAAUGCGCUGCCGUGGUUCCCGGGCGGUCCGGAAUGGUUCCAUUGGGCGUGCAAGGCCUUGUUUGCGCCGACGCUGCUGCUGCACUUUUUUGAGGCAUUUAUGUUGGAUCGGACGAGGUUGCGGAAGUAUGGGGUCGAGAGGGGCUCGGUGUUGUGGUUCAAGUGGAUUGUUAGUGCUUUUGUGGAAGGGUUUGCAACUUUUCAGAGGAUUGAUGCCAUGGUUAAGAGGGAGGAGUUGGAGGCGGAGAAGGCGAAGCAUUGA